AUGCCGAUCACGGACGUGCUGGACACGCCUGCGUGGUUCGAGCACGAGAUCUGGCCCAGAACGAUGUACUUCCAGGCGCUGAGCACGUGCAAGAAGACGAGGAGGCUGGCAGAGGCGAGCAUCCGGUGCCCCGGGAACCGGUGGGAGCUGAGCGUGAGGCUGAGGCCGGCGGUGGCUGGGGAUGCUUCGAGGUGGAUGAGGGGGAUGGGUGUGAUGUCGGAUGCGGGGAGCUUCAGCAUGACCAUCGACCCCUCGCAAGUGGGGGAAGAUGAGGGCUUCAGGGAGGCUCUGCUGAGGGUGUGCAGGUACCUCGAGCAGCCGUGCGUGAGGGGGCCGACGGAGCUGGUGGUGAGGCGUUCGAUGGGGGAUCCCGAGCUGUGGCCUAUGCCGCUGACGGGGUACUGGAGGCUGAGGAGGCUGGACCUGGAGGCAAUGACGGCCUGGGACGCCUGCGUGCUGAACGGCAUCCUCUUCGAGAGCCGUUGGUGCCUUGAGGGGCUGAGGCUGGUGAACGUGCCGGACACGGGGAAGAGCAGGGUGGAGUCGAUGGACGUCUUUCUGUUCGAGGGGCUGACGAGGCUGAGGAGUCUCUCGUUCCGCAGCCUGGAGCUAUCCCAGAGCACGCGGGGGAAGCUUCUGUAUGGGCUUCUGAGGCUGACGAGCCUGACGGAGCUUCAUAUCACCAACAACCUUUCGGUCCCGGAGAGGAAGGACGACCUGAGGGCGGUGGUGCAGAGGAACACCGGGCUGACGGACCUGGACCUGUCGAAGAACUGCCUGCAGAGCCUGUUCUGGCUCAGGGACGUCAAGUCGCUGAGGCACCUGAACGUCUCCAAGAAUCCCCUCUACAACCUGAACCGGCAGGUCGGCACCACGUGCAGGUCCGUGUUCAAGGACCUGGUGACGCUGAGGAUGGUGAAAUGCCUUCUGAGCACGAGGACGCUGUACAAGCUGGUGGACCUGAUGGCCUGUGUGAACGGGGACACGGUGGAGGUGAUGGACUUUGCGCACAACGGUGCGCUGGAGCAGAACGACACGACGUACUGGCUCAGCCUCAUGCUGGGGAGGUCGUUGACUGGUUUCACGAGGCUCGGGGAGCUCGGGCUGGAUCACGUGGACAUGCACUUUGCGGUGAGGGUGCAGUCGUGUGUUCUCUCGAUUCUGGAGGGGUUCAGCAUGAGGGAGCAACCGGGAAGGGUCACGGUGAGCUUUCAGGGGAAUGGUUUCGACAGCGACCCGAGGUAUAUCAAGGAUUUUUUUAAUGCUUUCCCGAAGAAUGUGAUGAUCUGCAUCUAA